CUUAAACCAGGGAAAAUUUCCCCAGACACACUCUUUCUAUUCCACGGCAAAACGUAGCCGGGGUUAUGCACUGAACGUGUUCGAAGAAAAUUCUGCAAGAAAAUUAAAUCACUAAAAAGGUUUGGAAUAACAAAAUGAUCCCAAAGCCAUUGCGCGUCUUGAGCAGAGGCGCUGCUAUAAUUUUUGGAGGAGUUCUGACUCUCAAUCUUGCUGCUACUGUUGCUGUUGGUGCACUUCGCUCUGUAGCUGAAAAGAAACGGAAAAAGUUUGCCUUGCCUUGCGGAGUUUGUAAGGGGAAAGGAUUUUACGUAUGCAAGCUGUGCAAUGGAAAUGCUACGAUAAAGUGGUCACCUUUGUAUGAUCCUAUUCAUAUUAACCCUUGUGUUUGCCCUACUUGUGAUGGUAACAGGGUGCAGCGCUGCCUAAACUGCAUUGGGAAAGGUUAUAGUUGACUACUUGACUUUUGGCUGUUUCAAUUAAAUACUAAAUAAUUAUCUUCCUGUAAUUGUUUCGAAGUUUGGGUGCUUAAAUAUGGAUCACUCUGCAGGAUUCAAAUUCAGGACAUAGACAAUGUGGCUAGGUUUAUUUAAGUUGAAACCGCAUAAGCUAUUGCUGAAAUACUUUCAACAUAAUGAUCAUGGACAAGACUCAGGAUAUCGCUGAUGAAACUUCUAAGGGGGCAUAGUUCAUUUGCAAUUGGUCAAGCAAUGUUGUUCUGUCUUCUUCACAUUUAAUAAAGUGUAAAAGCUCUAUAUAGCUUACAGCUUUAUGGACUAACAAAGAAAAAUUCAAACUUUAUAUAUCUUAGUGAUUUACUUAA